GUCUCUUCCCACCACACGUCCCGAACAGCCAAGGUAAGACGGUCUUGUCGGCGGAGUCCUCUCAUCCUUCUCAUCUCCGCAGAAUGGAAACAGAAUAUAAACAGCUGGCCUUCGUCUCUCACCGGCACUUUCGCGCUUUCACCUCAGCGCUCGCGUUUUUCUGAACAUACUGUCCAAGCAAAAAAUAACUUCUUCAUUUUUUGGGGGGGCAUUUUUUCCCAGACAAAUUUUCUGAAAUAACCAAUCCCCCCCUCCACGACUUGCAACUAAACUGCUAAAGAAGAAGGUCGUGUUUCUGUGGAUGGAGAAUUCUGAAUCGUCACUUUUCUCUUCACCACAUCUAAAACACUCAUGCCUUUUAUAUCCCUCAUUCUAGUUUAUUAGCGUUUACUGUAGCUCUCCUCUUAUCUGAUCCCAGCACUUCUGUCCUCUCUGUCCUUCCGUUGCCUCCUCCCUCUCCUUACCUUAGAUGGUGAAUGAGCUGAAGUCAAACUGGUUGUGAAGGUGUUGGACUUGUUCCCCUCUACGCCCCAGGCCAGACACAGCAUGGCGGCGGGAGUAGCGGCAUGGCUUCCCUUUGCCCGGGCGGCAGCUAUCGGCUGGAUGCCUGUGGCCAACUUACCCAUGCCAAUUGCGCCCACUGAAAAGAACAAGCGUCAGGAUGAGCUAAUCAUUCUGAAUGUCAGUGGACGACGCUUCCAGACUUGGAGAAACACACUAGACCGCUAUCCAGACACCCUGCUGGGCAGCUCAGAGAAGGAGUUCUUCUACAACGAGGAGACCAAAGAGUACUUCUUUGACCGGGACCCUGAUGUGUUUCGCAGUGUGCUCAACUUCUAUCGCACAGGCAAGCUCCACUACCCACGCUACGAGUGCAUCUCCUCCUAUGAUGAGGAGCUGGCGUUCUUUGGCAUUGUCCCAGAGAUCAUUGGUGACUGCUGCUAUGAAGAGUAUAAGGACAGGAAGAGGGAGAAUGCAGAGCGUCUGAUGGAUGACCAGGAGGACAACAAGGAUGCCAAGCUGCCCAACAUGACCUUCAGGGAGACCAUGUGGCGGGCGUUUGAGAACCCUCACACAUCCACCAUGGCCCUUGUCUUCUACUACGUCACUGGCUUCUUUAUUGCUGUUUCUGUCAUCACAAAUGUGGUGGAAACCGUCCCCUGUGGCUCUGUGCCCAACCAGAAGGAAGUGCCAUGUGGUGAGCGUUACACCGUGGCCUUUUUCUGUAUGGACACGGCAUGUGUCAUGAUCUUCACCGUGGAGUACCUGAUGCGUUUAUUUGCUGCACCCAGCCGCUACCGCUUCAUGAGGUCCGUCAUGAGCAUCAUCGAUGUGGUGGCCAUAUUGCCCUACUACAUUGGCCUGGUGAUGACUGACAACGAGGACGUGAGUGGCGCUUUUGUGACCCUCAGAGUUUUCCGCGUGUUCCGUAUCUUUAAGUUCUCCCGUCACUCACAGGGCCUUCGCAUCCUUGGCUACACGCUGAAGAGCUGUGCCUCGGAGCUAGGCUUCCUACUCUUCUCCCUCACAAUGGCCAUAAUUAUCUUUGCUACCGUCAUGUUCUACGCAGAGAAGGGUUCAAGCUCCAGCAAAUUCACCAGCAUCCCAGCCUCCUUCUGGUACACCAUCGUUACUAUGACAACGCUCGGGUACGGAGACAUGGUUCCUAAGACGAUCGCAGGGAAGAUCUUUGGUUCAAUCUGCUCUCUGAGCGGAGUGUUGGUAAUUGCCCUGCCUGUCCCUGUCAUCGUGUCCAACUUCAGCCGCAUCUAUCACCAGAACCAGAGAGCAGACAAGCGGCGGGCGCAGAAAGUACAGAAAGCCCGCUUGGCCAGGAUACGAAUAUCCAAGACAGGAAGCUCCAGUGCCUUCCUUCAUAGCAAACGCAACGGCCUGUUCAACGAAGCUCUGGAGCUUACGCAACUUCCAUACAAGAUGAACCUUUCAGAUCAGAGUUCCACCGAGGAGGAGCAGCGGUUAAGCAAGUCUACCUCCCUGUUAGAGAGCCAGCACCACCACCUGCUGCACUGUCUGGAGAAAACCACUAACCAUGAGUUUGUGGAUGAGCAGUAUUAUCAGCAGAGCUACCUGGAGGGGGGGCUGCAGAAUUACCCAUCGCGAAGCCCCUCCCUCUCCAGCCAAGACGGCAUGACAGGCACAUGCUGCACCCGCCGAAGCAAGAAGCACCACACCCCUUUACCUAAUGCCAGUGCCCCAGCUCACAUGCAGCCUUUGACGCACACGCACACACACCAACAAGGCUUGCAGGAGCUCAGCACCAUUCACAUCCAGCCCCUCAGCACCAGCCGCUCCAGUCUGAACAUGCGCGUAGACGACCCAGCGCCACUCAACUGCCAGAGCAGUCAGAUCACCACAGCAAUCAUCAGCAUUCCCACGCCACCGGUGACGACCCCAGAGGGCGACGCUCACCUCCCUGCAGGCCCCGCCCACCAGAACGUUGUGAAGGUGUCGGCACUGUGAAGACUAAAGUGCAGGCGCGUCACGCAGAAGGACAGAUAAGACUCAGUGAGACAGACUGAGGGAUUGAGGGAGACUGGGAAUGACAGAGGAGAAGGCGUUUAGAGUCCUGGUCUGGCUGUGGUGGAGCCUGCCCUCUGCUGGUCAUGUACUGUAACGACAUGGACUCCCUGUACAGACGGAGGAUGGCUUUUAGAUACAGUAUAUUCAUGUUAGCAGUUGGCAUGCAUGUGUGUGCGUAUGAGAGUGGGUGCGGAUGAAAGAGUGGGGAGAGUCAUUUAGAUAAAGAAUAUAUGAGAGCGUGAACCUCCCAAGUGUUAGAGAUCCCAGAGUAAGUCAAGUGUCACUGUGCACGAAGCACCUUUUUAUGAUUUUCACUUCAGUUGGUCUCUUACAGUGCUUUUUUUUAGCAGGAGAUAAAAGGGAAAAGAAAGGAAUAAACAAAGGGAAAAACAACAAAUACAUGAUCAAACACUUUCCAUAUAUUUUACUUACCCUUGUGUCAUUUUGGUCCAUUUACCUGUUGAUAGAUAAAUAUGCCACUUUUCCUUUUCAGGUCCAAUAUUAUUCCACUCGAGUGAAAAUUCUUUAAAAGAAGAAACAUGAUAGGUGUGUCUGUGUUAGAGUUUCAUAUUUGUGAAUGGAUGAUUGUGAAUUUUUGCUAGAUAGAGGAAUUGUGAAGUUUUGGAUAGGAGGUAUGUGCCUGUAUGUGUGUGUGUUUGGGAGUGUGUGCGAGUGUGUAUGUGUUUGUGUCAGUUGAUUGAAAUCUCAAGUUUCAAUUCUUCUGGACGUCUCUACAGUUCGGUAUAUGGUAUAUUUGACUAGCUGCCACUCUGAAGGGCUCCUCGUACAUAUUUCUGUCCAAAAUUCUCAGCCAUGAGCCUUUUACACAAUAUGUGCCUGUUUUGCUGGAGAAAAGAGAGAUUUAUUUGUUUUUUGUAGUUCUUCUUUUAAGAAUUUCCCUUCCGCUUUCCUCCCUUUGGGCUCUUCGACAGCCUGCGUACCUUGACUUGCUCAAUUCUUUGGAAAAGUACCAAAAAAGUCUAUUUUGGAUUUAAACCACCACAACUAAAAGCACAAGGCAUUUGCUGAGAAUUUCUGACACAAAUCUGUCCUGAGCCUCAGUUCUUUGUGAAUAUUGUUAAUAGAAUAUUUUGUAAUAUUUGACCAUUGUUUGGCAGAACCAGUGAAGCUGUCCUCUCGUUCUCUCUCUCUCGCUCUCUCUUUCCCUCACUCUUGUCUUUCUCUCCUCCUUACUCUCUUCUCUCUCUUUCUCUCGUUGUUGUCCUGUUGUAUCCCUACCUCCUGUGUGAACAACAGUAUGCUUUCAGUAGUCUUUAUAGCUGUCAACGUUUUUUCUUCCCCAGACUCAGCGGGCAUUUUUCAAAGUUGUUGAGUAUGUGUACUGUAUGUGGUUAGGAAACUUGGUGUUUGUACUUUUUGUCCUCCUUGGUGUUUUAAAGUUUUUUUUUUUUUUUUGUUUUUUUUUUUUACUUUAUCUUCUGGAGAACUUGAAGCAGGGAAGUCUGUUGCAAUGGUGACCACAGAGAUACAGAGGACACUGGAUGAGCCAUCCACAGAUCUCUGUCACCAAGAACACAUGCUGUUCUGUCUGUUCUCUCAACUCACCGCCCCACCAUGUAACUUUAGUAGUGUCUCUCAUCAAAGCCCAUCAAAGCUGACCUUUGUAACUAUGGACACUGACCUUUUAGCUCUGCUAACCUCAUAGUUAAUGCCUCUCUGUUGGCCUUUUUCAUCCUGAAUGUCAUCCUGAGUCAAACACUCCACAGACAGACAUUGGGUCUGUCUUUGGGUGGGUUUCACCAAAGCAGGGAAGAGCAACUUUUGUUCCUGCAGACAAGCAACCACUUCUGCUUCACAUAGAUGACACAAAAUGGUGAUUAAAAGCACACAUACAGGACCUGAGAUGCAUCAGUAUAUCAGCAUAUUGUCCAUUAUAGACCAAUAUCAUAUUUAACAAGCAAUACUAGAAUUGGUCUAUUAUUACCCCCAUAUGUAGUUGAUGUAAAUGUAUCAUGGUCUUUUAAAAGCUAUGUGUUAAGAUAGACAUCACACAUCUGAAAAGCUUGAUUGGUUUUACCUUUAUACUAGACUUUAAAAAAACACUUAUCAUCCUCAUAUCUAAAAAUAUGGUUGGGAAUAUAAUGGCACAUAGGUAUCAUAUCAGUGCACACACUAGACCGUGAUAUCGUUUAGACUAGUGUCUCAGUUUGGUACCAACCCAAAGUAAGACGAAAAUAUCCCACAGAGUUGGACCAGGAUGUUUUCCCUUCUAGUAGUGACCUAGUACUCUUGCUGAUAAUUUAGUACUGUACACAGUAACAACAGUUGCCUAGAUCAGUAUUAGAGUCAAACUGUGCAGUGAUGUACGUGGACUAAAAAAAGAAGACAAGCACACAGUCUGAACUUUCUCAGUGUAAUUUUUCAGCGUGGGGUUAAAGACAUUGACUUCAUAUUCACAGCAUCAAGUUCGACAUUUAGAAUCUACUGAAAACUACAACAAGGGUAUGACAUAGGUAACGGCAGAAGUGAGAUUCCCUGUAUUUUUUGUUGCUUGGACAGUGAUUUCACAUGAAUAAUUUCCUGCUUCCCUGUUUCAAGACAGGUUGCUUUGUGUCAGUUGCACUUUCAGAUGACAGUUUGAAUUAUUAUGUAAGCAUCUUUCUGCUCAAAGUGUCAAAUAACUGCAUUUUUAUUUACAAACAACAAAAACAGAGGUCUGUAAUUGUGUUUGUCUCUCUUUCUCUGUUAUGUAUUCUCCUUUGAUUGUCUUUUUUCUGGACUCAGUCAGUUUUCUUCUCACUCUUUGCUUUGCCCUCCUAUGCCACCUGUCGUUGUUGAGACUACUGCUGUGCGUAUCUUGUCAGGUGUUGGAUAUUAUUUAUGACCUUGUCUUGUGUCCCGACUGUGAAACGCCUGAUAAAACAUCUAUAUCUGCCACAAAUACAAAA